GCCGGUGCUACAGCUGUCGUGCAGGAGUGGGAUUGGUCGAGGUUUGCAGUUCUCGAAGUGUUCCAAGCAGCGCCCAGAAAUGGUGGGCAGGUCGAGUUGCUUCAGGAUGCGCAGUCGAAGGAAUUUUUGGUGGCCAAGGUCAUGCCGCUUUGCUGGACCUGUGCAGACCAUGAGAAGUUUGUCAAGACGUACCCGGAAGAAACCGAGAUGCCCUGGCGUGAUGUAUGCAUCACACAAUACCUGGACCAGAGACUUGGUGAGCCGCACGUCUGCAAGUUUUUCGGCAUCUUCCGAAGAUCAUCUAAAGGGCAAGAUACAGGUGAUUGUGGGCCUUGUGAUGCGCUGCAGGCACAUGCCGAGGAGGGCGAGCACUGCCUGGUGCUGUCCUACUGCCGCGGCGGAGAUCUCUUCACCUGGCUGGAGAG